GUUAUAUCGCCUGGUUCUUGUCAUAGAACUAGAUAUAACCCUAUAUUACUAUCUUCCAAUGUGGUAUGUUUGAAUUUCAGUAGCUGUAUGGCGUUCAUCUAUUAUGCGAAUUUGAUUAUCUACUUCGCCAGACUACGCCAAGCGUUAUUGCAUUGUAAAUAGUUCAAGACCUUAUAGCGACAAUCUGCGGCAACAAGCCGGAGCAUCUGACCAUGGAGGUCGUGGGUUCAGUCGCGUCCAUCGCGCAGUUAAUAGAGAUCACAGCCAAAGUCUUCCACUAUUGCGUCACAGUAAUUGGCGCCUCAAAAAUGAUCGACGAGCUUGGACGCACGUCAAGUAUGAUGUUGCAGCUGCUUUAUGAGGUGAAGCGGCAGGUCGACGGGGACGCUUCCGCAGCUCGUAGCCGCCCUUUAGGACCCGAUGACCUUAUUCGAGAGCUACAAGAAUGUAUGAUCGACCUAUCACGUCAGUUUGAAAAAACGAGCUCCAAAGGUUUCAUGCAAAAAAUACGAUUCGCUCAUAUGGAGAAGGAUAUACAGAAGACUGUCGAGAAGGCAUCCCGUAUGAAUGGCUUUCUUAACUCCUGGCUUACACUGGACAUCAAGCAGACAACUAAGGCCAUUGACGAUGGUGUCAAAGCACUUAAUAACCACGCGGAAGAAGAGAUGAUGAAUGGUAAAAUUGAUCGCAUCGUAGAGCACUAUGCCCCUAUUAGUUUCUCCGAGAAACAUGGCAACGUCGUUCAACAGAGGCAGGACGGGACCGGACAAUGGUUCCUCGAGUCGGUGGAGUUCCAAGACUGGAUGCAAUCUUUCGGGGGGACCAUGUGGUGUUCAGGGGCACCGGGAGCCGGAAAGACAGUCAUGGCCUCAAUAGCUAUCGAAUAUCUCAGAGAAAAAGUGCGCGAGAGAGGAGAUGACCGUCUUGCAUUUCUCUACUGCGACUAUCGCCAACGCCAAGAUCAGAAAGCGUCGAUGAUGCUUGGUAACCUUUGGGCACAGCUUUUCCGACAGCGAGGCCCUUCCGCUACAGAGGUCGAGCAACUAUUUGGAGAAAUAUUAUCCCGCUUCGACUUUAAGCCAACUAGGACUCAGAUAACCAACAUGGUCAGAGACGAAUUGACAAAUGGUACGCCAGGGAAGACAUACAUAGUUGUUGACGCCCUUGACGAAUGCGCAGAUGAGAAUGAAAGAAAUGCCUUCAUUGAUAGCCUGCGCAGUCUACAGCCUUUGGUUAACAUAUUAGUUACAUCCCGGACUACACACUUUGACAAUGCAGGAUUUACUGAUGUACAGGCUUUUCGCUUUAUACCUACCAACGAAGACAUGAGUACUUAUAUAAACGCACGGAUACGAGAAUCGAAGAAAAUGUCCGGUUAUAUACAACGGAAACCGGAGCUGGAGGAGAAUAUUCGACGCCUAGUUAUCGAGAGGGCAAAUGGAAUGUUCCUCCUAUGCAGAAUGCACUUGGACUCAUUGAGUAGAGCGAUCACUCUCAAAGACCUGAAAAGGGAGCUGAGUCGUAUCCCAGAAGGUGAAAACGUAAUCAAAGAUACCUACGACCAAGCCAUGGAACGAAUUCGAGACCAGGGCCUGAACAUAGAGAAAUUUGCUCUGCAAGUUAUUAGAUGGGUUUGUUUCGCAAGACGUCCGCUUAGACUUGCAGAGAUUCUAUGCGCCUUAUCUAUCAGCCCGGAAGAUACCGAACUCGAUGAAGAUGCAAUUGGAGAAGAGAGCGAUAUCACCAACUACUGUGCUGGGCUUGUAGUUGUGGAGGGCGAGAGUAAGACCGUGAGAUUCGUUCAUUACACCACGCAGGAGUACUUCAACUCGCUAAAGGAUGCACGAAAUUUCGCCCAUAGCCACGGAGAAAUAGCUUUAACCUGUAUCUCUUUCCUUGGGCUCGACGACAUAACCCUGUCAGCUAACGGCCCGUUGGCCCAGAUCUGGUCCCCGCAGGACGAGGCACCAUUCUUCGCAUACGCGGCUAUACAUUUUGGAUAUCACUACGUCCAGGAGUCAAAUCUCCCGGAUCCGGAAAAGUCUGAUUACCUAGAAGAUACCACGGAGUUGUUACUGAGCUUUCUUAAACGUCCAGAACAUGUUCAACGCGCAACUACGUCGAUACUUAAGAAUAUAGGCGGUAGGAUCUCUGUCAUUUUUAACGACCCUAAUCUUGGGGAUGAGAUGCCUGUUAGGGGUACGACGAUGGAUUUAGCCGCAUUCUUCAACGUGAUUAAGAAAGAAUCCGACAAUCGCCCGUUUGGUGUAACGAUAGAAUGGCUGUUAAAGAAUACGUCCGGAGCAGCGGAUUAUGAGAGAACGCGUUUCGGUAACUCUCUCCAUUGGGCAUGCCUUAACAAUUCAGUUGAAUCGAUCAAGGUGCUUUUGGAAAGCCCGGACAUCGAAUUAGAUGCGAACGCAUCUGCUGGACACGGCGUGGGUUGGCCAACAGCAAUGGUUUCUGUCGCUUAUGCAUCUCUCGGCACUCUUCAGGCCCUUUUAGAUCAUGGGAUCGAUAUCUAUAAGAAGUCCGCACAAGAAUGGUGCACGACGCUACUAGAGGAAGCCAUAUGGUGGGCCCAUGCUGUGAAGGGGUCUGAUAAAACGAUACUGAUAGAGGCAAUAAUGCAGAAGGAUCCGCUUGGCCAACUGCUACUCUCACGAGAUGUUUACUUCAGCACGGCACUCAUAGAAGCAGUGCGUACGGCGGACUUCACCGUGUUUGAGUGUAUCAUGAAGCAUCAUAGCAGGAUCCAAGUAAUCGGUAGAAGGAAUGAAGCAAUCCUCACUAGCGAUUUCCAUAGGAGAACAGCGCUGCAUUGGGCUGUAGCUGAUUCUUCUCUGGCAUUUAAAAGUUCUGAUGGAGGUGCGAACUCAGGUAUCCUUCGAAUACUCGAGACGCUUUUGGACAGUCCAUAUGCCGGCCUCCUCCUUAAAUGGCGUGAUCGAAAAGGCGACACGCCGUUCGAGGCAGCUAUUCGCCGGAAUAAUAUCCAAGCUGUCGAUGCUAUCCUCAAGAAGCACAAUGAGCACGAAUUCCCCGAUUUUUAUCCAUCCCAGCUAGUAUCAGGACUGAACCUUGCUGCUCGGGUUUCUAAUUCCCCUAUAAUCGACCUUCUGCUAAGCAGAAUGGACGAUAACCUUCUACAAAACCCUGGCGUUGAUAGCGUAUUGCACUAUGCUGCUGGUGGGAGCAGACCUGAAAAUACAGAAUUCCUGUUGCAAAAGCUCAAACAUCUGUAUCUCUACGGCUCUCCGGGAUCUGGGGGUAAUCGGCCUGUUCACUACGCAGCAGCAAGCGGCAAUAUCGACGCAGUGAUAGCUCUGUCGAGACAGAAAGGAUUCAAUAUUGAUUGUCAAAAUGACCAAGGGCAGACUGCAUUACACCUAGCCGUGCAUGGAAACUUAAUUGACGUAUGUUCAAGUCUCCUGAAGGCCAACGCGAGUAUCAACGUCAAAGACCUCAACGGCUUCACCCCGCUCGACAUUGCUAUCAAGAAACGCUUCGCAGAAGCCGUACGUAUCAUGGCCCAACGCCCAAUAACGGAGAUUAGCGGCCUCGAGGACAAAGACAUCGCCUGGAUACGGCAACAACCUUGGGGGAAUGCUCUGAUUCACGAGCCUACUGGCUCCUCGGACUUGGCGGCAGACCCCGAGAAAUGGCCGAGAGAAGAGGAAGACAUUAUAACGGCAGCGUUAUGUCUACAAAGGAAGCUUAGGCGACAAAUAGGGACAUCCAAAUACACCCACGUAUCAGCUUACCUCAUAUCCCGCAUCCUUGAUCUAGCAGAGUAUUGGGUCAAGUCUACUAGCAUCCGAGUUAGUAUCGAAAGGGGCGGCGAGGUAAGGAGAUGGGGCGACCCCUUAACACCCUACAUCACCAGCAAAGCCAUCAACAGCCUGUCGUCCCGACCCGUCCGGCGCAUCGUAUUCGAGAUCACAAGCCACGAUCAAGGCUACUGUUCCGACCCAAGUAGAGGCGAGAGCUGGACCUGGUUCACGGCCGACGUCCACCGGCGCGGGAAUACCUUUUCGCAGGACCUAGCCAGCCCACAGGAUCAAGGCACCACGAAUAGGGAGAUCUACCUCGCGCACAACCGCGGCGCAAAUAUACAGUGGCAUACCCAUACGCUAUCCUGGAAUCUCGGAGAUCUCACGGGGGCGGAUGCCGAGCGCGGCUCUUGGAUCAAGGCUUUAGCAUCGGGGGAUCGGAUUCUCGUCUUACCGCACGCUCGGUAUCCGGGCUGGGAGAAUUGGGUGCGCCGUGUGAGGAUCGAUGUGUACACUACGUGUCUAAGGAGUAGCGGGAAAGGGUGGUUAGAAUAG